GCAAUGGAGCAGCCCGGCGAGAACCAGCUGGAGGCUGAGGAGGAUCCAGAGAAGGAGCAACUUACUCAAGAGGAAACCGACCAAGAGAAGGACCUGCAAGAAUAUAUAGAAAAUAUUCUGCAUGGUGAUCUUGAACGACAAGGCGAUGAAGAACGACCGCAGAAGAAUAGUCCGGAGAAUGAGAAUGAGAAUGAGGAGAAUCCUGCGGUACAGGAAGAAUUGAGCGGAGAAGAAUCUCAACGGGAAAGUAUUUUAGCGAAAAAUCAAGAAAUCCUGGACGAGGAACCUGUGGAGGAAGAAGUCUUGGAAAAAGAGGAGCUUAAAGAAAGAGAAGAGCUCGAAGAAGAUACUCCCGGAGAUCAGCAUUCAGAAGAAGAAUUAAAAGGUAAACCGGAAGAGUCUGUGAAAAGGGAAGAAGAGCUUACGGAAAUCUGCGAGAACAAGGAGCGGCUCACCGAUACUCCUGAAAGUGUGGAGAAUCAAGAGGAUCACUUGACACCGCAGCAGAAUCAGGAGAAUCAGGAGUCGAAGCCCGAAGAGGAUCUGCCCAACGAACAGGUGACCCAGUUCCUCCGCCAACUGGUCAGCCGAGAGUGGCCCGAAGUGGGCGCCCUUCCGGAGCUCCGUUUGCAGAGGGCCAGUGCCAAGGGUGACAACUACCUGGGCGUCGUCUGGCGGAUGCAGGUGGCUCCCGGCGACUCGCAGCGCAGCCUGGUGGUGAAGCUUCCGCCGCAGAAUCGCGUGCGGCGCAAGCAAUUCUUCGCACGUCCCUGCUUUCUGCGGGAGACGGCGGCCUACGAGGAGUUCCUGCCGCUGGCCGAGAUGAUUCAGGAGAAGUGGAGCAUUCCCGCCGAGGAUCGCUUCCGGCAGCACGCCCUUUGUCUGGGCACGCGGCAGGACGAGCCGAACGAAUGCAUCGUCCUGGAGGAUCUCGCCUGCUCGGGCUUCUCGCUGCACAAUCGCUUCCAUGACUUGUCCCUGGAGCAGGUGCGUCAGGUGAUCCGCACCUAUGCCAAGCUACAUGCCAUAUCGCUGGCUGCGAAGCGUCAGUUUCCCGACCGGAUGCACAAGCUCCAGCUGCUGGUGGACAUCUUUGAGCAGCGGCGCGAGGAUCAUGCGUUGGGUGUCUACUUCGAGAAUCUCAAGGGCAGUGCCCUCUCCGCGCUGCUCUCCACGCCGGCGGAUGAUCGCUACCGGAGGCGCCUGGAGUCGUACUUCUCGCGGGGAUCGUACUUCGAGCUGCUGCUGCCCCUGGUCGGCGGCUCCAAUUGCGAACCCUUCGCCGUCAUCUGCCACGGCGAUUGCUGGAACAAUAAUAUCCUGUACAAAAGCUCAGAGGGCGGAGUUCUGGAGGACGUUCGCCUGAUCGACUGGCAACUGAUGCGAUACGCCUCCCCGGUCACCGAUUUGGCCUACUUCCUCUUCACCUGCACCUCGCGCGACUUCCGCCAGCGGCACCUCAAAAAUAUACUAGAGGAUUACUACGAGGAGCUGGGCGUGCAGCUAAAAAGAUUGGGCGAGCAGUUGGAUCAACUUCUUCCCCGAAGCGCAUUCGACGAACAGGUGGCCACCAAGGCUCCUGUGGGCCUGCUCCUCGCCAUGAUGGUUCUGCCCAUUGUGACCAUGCAGGGCCAGGAUGUGCCCGACCUCCAGGCGAUUAGCGAGCGGAUCGAGGCCGGAGCCACCACGGAUCUCCAGGGCGCCGGAUUCCUGGGCGCGGGCAACGAGGCAACCUUCAAACAGCGCAUGCGCGAGGUGAUCCUCGACUGCGUGGACUUUGACUACAUAUAGGAAUAUGCAAUGGAAAUUCUACUAUAGAAUUCCUAAUAGUAUAAUAUUAAUAAAUGCUUUAAUUCGCCAGAUGCUUUAUGGUAUAGUUUUUAGUUUACCAAUUCUUUUUUGUCAACUGAAAAAGAUUUUGAAAUUUAUGUUAUUAUCCUGCAGGCUAAGGUAUAUAUGACAUUUGAAAGACGGGACAUUUUUGGCAUACUUCUCGAAAUUCCCUACAAAGAAUAAAGGUUUUUUAAUUAAAACUGCAAUUUGAUAAAUUAAAAAUAA